UUAGCUCAUCUCAGCUUCAUCUUAGCUCCAACAUGAAAGUCUUUGUCUGUCUACUGGCUGUGGUGGCGGUGGCCCAAGCUGGAUUCAUCGGAGGACUCGGAAGUGGCGGUGGCGGUGGCUACAGUGGAGGUGGUGGCUACAGUGGAGGCGGCGGCCACGGCGGCGGUGGUUCCUCCCAUGGCAGCGAUGGAGGCUACAGCUAUGGCGGUGGUUCUGACCAUGGCUCCGAUCAUCAUGGCGGCGGCGGUGCUGCCCCACCCGUCAAAAUCAUCAAAGUAAUUCACGAGUCUGCUCCUGCUGGUGGUGCUGGAGGUUGGCAGUCCGGAGGCGGCGGCGGUGGUGGCUGGUCUGCCGGUGGUGCUGGUGGCUAUGGAGGCGGUGCCGGAGGCUAUGGAGGCGGUGCUGGCCAUGGAAGCGGUGGCGCCCAGGAAGUCAAAAUCAUCAAGAUCAUCUCGCAGCAAGGUUCUUCCGGCGGUCAUGGAGGCUAUGGCGGUGGAGCAUCCAGUGGAGGCUGGUCUUCUGGUGGAGCCUCCGGCGAUGGCUGGUCUUCUGGUGGUGCCUCCAGCGGUGGAUGGUCUUCCGGUGGUAACGGUGGUGAUGCCAACACGGCUGUGAAGAUCAUCAAAAUCAUCUCUGAGUCGGAUUCCGGAGCUGGAGAUUCCGGAGGCUGGACUUCCGCUGGACCCUCCAGCGGCGGAUGGUCUGCUGGUGGCUCCUCCAGCGGUGGUUGGUCUUCAGGUGGAUCCUCCAGCGGUGGCUGGUCCUCGGGAGGAUCCUCCAGUGGCGGCUGGUCUCCCCAGGGAGGUGGCAGCUGGUAAUUGUGAUAACCCCAUCCCCCAUACUCAUUUUUAAGCAAACACAACCCAUUGUUCCAUCGCAUUUCCACUCCACUCUAUGUUAUCCCUCAUCCCACCAUAUUUGUUGAAUAAAAGUUUGCCGUUUGAUCAUUUUCCC